AUGACCCAACUGGACUGCUUAGUACUGCCGAAGCUUACCGUCUCGCUGCCUAGUCAACACAUCGAUAUCUCUCGCUGGCGGAUCCCUAAAAAUCUUCCACUGGCUGAUCCGCAAUUUAACAUAAGCCAAGGUGUGGACAUGAUAAUCGGAGCUGGUCUAUUUUUCGAGCUUCUCGAAAACCAGCAACUCUCUCUUGCCGCUGGCUAUCCCAUGUUGCAGAAAACGGUUCUGGGUUAUAUCGUCUGUGGAAAGAUAGAGCAGCCGACCUUAGAGGUCACUGACACACAGUCCUGCCACUUCUGCGUAGAAGGUACGCUUGAUACCAUGCUUCAACGAUUCUGGGAAAUCGAGAAUUUUGAUGACGGUAAAGCUCUUACGCCAGACGAACAAUUCUGCGAAGAACACUUUCAAUCGACUGUUACUCGUGACGAAACGGGCCGCUAUGUCGUUCGUCUGCCACUCAAAGAAGACAAGGUGGAAAUGCUAGGAGAUUCAUACCCCGCCGCUGUUCGAAGGUUCCAGCAAAUGGAAAAACGGUUCUUCACUGAUAAACAUCUUUGUAAAAGCUAUUCUGAGUUCAUGGAGGAGUAUGAGAGGUUGGGUCAUAUGGAGUUGAGUCCCGUCGCGUCGCGUAGCCCACAGUUUUUCCUUCCCCACCAUGCCAUCCAGCGUCCAGAGAGUACGACCACAAAAAUACGAGUGGUAUUCGACGCUGCAUGUCGUGGAGCUGCUUCCUUGUCGCUGAAUGAUGCCCUCUACGUCGGACCAACAGUUCAGCCAGCUCUGUUUGCUACCAUCAUCAACUUCCGUUUACCACGAUUCGCCAUAUCCGCCCAUGCGGAGAAGAUGUUUCGCCAGAUGUGGGUUCACCCAGAUGACCGAAAGUUCCAGCAAAUUCUCUGGCGCAACAAUCCGUCAGAACCAAUCCGCAAGUAUCAACUUAAAACCGUCACUUACGGUCUUGCAAGUUCGCCAUUCCAUGCCACUCGCGUUUUAUAUCAAUUAGCUACAGACGAAAGACAUCGCUUUCCGCUGGCCGUGCCAGUGAUACGGAUAGGCACCUACGUAGACGACGUUCUCACCGGACAUGAUGACCAUGACACGAUGGUCGAAACUUGCAAGCAGUUGAGGGAGAUGAUGAAAUCCGGUGGUUUUGUACUUCGCAAGUGGGCAUCCAACUGCAAGACAGUCCUCAGUCAAGUCCCAGAAGAACUCUGGGAGACCUCAGCAGAAUUGGAGCUCAAUCGUUCGCAAGCCGUCAAAACUUUGGGGUUGUUGUGGUUCCCUCACCAGCAUGACGUCUUCAAAAUCAAGGUUCCCGCUCUUCCAGAGCUUGAGGUCUAUAACUAUUCGACCCGCUUGGACUUCUAG